AUGUCUACGUUCUUUGUUAUCGCAAUUUAUAGGAAGGUGUCGCCGUUUUUGGAGAGGUGUCCAUCAUAUGUUUUUCAUGUUGUUUGUAAGGUGUCUUCGUUCUUCGGUGUCACCACUUUUGAGGAGGUACUUUCGUUCUUCGGUGUUGCCACUUGUGAGAAGAUUAUUCGUUCUUCGAUGCCGCUGAGUUGCAAAACGGCACUACCAGAUUAA